CAACCCCUUGAGCGUGUGUCCCUCUGUGCGCUGUCCGGUGUGCUCGCUCUCACUGAGCGUGAAACGCUGAGGCUCUCCGCCGCCGCCGCCCGACGGGUUGUACUGCCUCCUUUGAAAGCACGUCAAAAAGAUAGAAAGAAGGAGGGAGAUGGGCGAAAGGUUUGUGGUUGUCCCGGUUGACGGAGGAGUUGGGGUCAUCGGGGAGGGGGAGCACUCGGACGCGGUUGUCGCCGACCCGGCAACGGAGACCGGCGGCAGCACCGGCGAUGGCACAGUGGAGGAAAGAGAAGCGGGGGAGGACUCGGUGUUCGAGCCGCAGGACGACAGCGCUGUAGUACCUAUUCUGGAGUACAACAGGGAGCCCAACAAAUACGGUGAUGGCGUCCCAAAGGAAAACAGUCCCUUUAUCAACAACACAGACAAUGACAAAGGCAACAGCUACGAUGGCACCAACAUGGCCCUUUUUGAGGAGGAGAUGGACAGCAACCCCAUGGUGUCAUCUCUCCUCAAUAAACUGGCAAACUACACCAAUCUCACCCAGGGGGCCCAGGAGCAUGAAGAGGCUGAGGAUGAUGAGGGACCCAAGAAGAAAGCUGUUAAGAGCCCGCAGAUGGGGACCUUCAUGGGUGUCUACCUCCCCUGCCUCCAGAAUAUUCUGGGGGUCAUCCUGUUUCUGCGACUUACCUGGAUUGUAGGCACUGCCGGCAUCCUGGAGUCCCUGGCUAUUGUCGGCUUGUGUUGCUCUUGUACGAUGCUGACAGCCAUAUCCAUGAGUGCAAUUGCUACUAAUGGCGUUGUGCCAGCUGGAGGCUCCUACUAUAUGAUUUCCAGAUCUCUGGGCCCGGAGUUUGGUGGAGCUGUAGGUCUCUGUUUCUACCUGGGCACAACUUUUGCCGGCUCCAUGUACAUCCUGGGUACUAUAGAGAUUCUGUUGACCUACAUCGUGCCUAAAGCAGCCAUCUUUGUGGCAGAUAAAAAAGAAGAUGAACCAGCUGCGCUGUUAAAUAACAUGCGCGUUUACGGCACGUGCUGCCUAGCUCUGAUGGCCGUGGUCGUCUUUGUAGGGGUGAAAUAUGUCAACAAGCUGGCACUGGUCUUCCUGGCUUGUGUCAUCCUCUCCAUCCUCGCCAUCUAUGCUGGAGUUAUCAAGACCAUCUUUGAGCCACCGGACUUUCCGGUUUGCAUGUUAGGGAAUCGCACUCUGCAGAACCACCGCUUUGACAGUUGUCUUAAGACAGAGGUUAUAGACAAUGUGACCGUCACUACUAAGCUGUGGAAGCUCUUCUGUGAAGGAUCGGAGUUCAACGCCAGCUGCAAUGACUACUUUGUCAACAACAAUGUGACCAGCGUGCAGGGCAUCCCCGGACUGACCAGCGGAGUCAUUUCAGAAAACAUGUGGUCACAGUACGGCCCUCUGGGUAUGUUUCUAGAAAACCAGAAGUUGUCAUCUAUUGGGGGAAGUGACUCUGCCCAGGACAUCUACAUGCCCUACGUCGUCAACGAUAUCACCACCUUCUUCACUUUACUGGUCGGCAUCUACUUCCCGUCUGUCACUGGUAUCAUGGCUGGUUCAAACCGCUCAGGUGACCUGCGGGAUGCCCAGAAGUCCAUCCCCAUUGGGACCAUCCUAGCUAUUGCUACUACCUCCUUCAUCUACAUCUCCUGUGUGGUGCUGUUCGGUGCCUGCAUUGAAGGAGUUCUGCUACGAGACAAAUUUGGGGACUCAGUCAAAGGGAAUCUUGUUAUAGGCACACUGUCCUGGCCCUCACCCUGGGUUAUUGUGAUUGGCUCAUUCUUCUCCUGCUGCGGGGCGGGGCUACAGAGCUUGACUGGUGCUCCACGCCUGCUGCAGGCCAUCGCACGAGAUGGCAUCGUACCUUUCUUACAGGUGUUCGGUCAUGGGAAAGCUAACGGAGAACCUACCUGGGCUCUGCUGCUGACUGCUGGGAUCUGUGAGAUCGGCAUUCUCAUCGCCUCUUUGGAUGCUGUGGCUCCUAUUCUCUCCAUGUUUUUCCUCAUGUGCUACCUGUUUGUCAACCUGGCCUGUGCUGUUCAGACCCUCCUGCGGACCCCGAACUGGAGACCACGCUUCAAAUACUACCACUGGGCUUUGUCAUUCCUGGGAAUGAGCCUGUGUCUUGCUCUGAUGUUCAUCUCCUCCUGGUAUUAUGCUAUUGUGGCCAUGGCCAUCGCUAGCUGCAUCUACAAAUACAUCGAAUACAGAGGGGCAGAGAAAGAGUGGGGAGACGGCAUCCGUGGCCUGUCUCUAAAUGCAGCGCGCUACGCCCUCAUUCGCCUUGAAGAGGCUCCGCCACAUACUAAGAACUGGAGGCCUCAGUUGUUGGUGCUCCUGAACCUCGACUCGGACCAAGGAGUAAAACACCCCCGUCUGCUGUCCCUCACCACUCAGCUGAAGGCAGGGAAAGGCUUAACCAUAGUGGGAAAUGUCUUACAGGGAACUUAUCUCACUAAAGAGGCAGAGGCCAAGAGGGCUGAGCAGAACAUCAAGUCUUCUAUGUCAGCAGAGCGAACGAAAGGUUUCUGUCAUGUUGUGGUGUCUUCAAACCUCAGAGAUGGCUUCUCCCACCUCAUCCAAUCUGCAGGGUUGGGAGGCAUGAAGCACAACACAGUCCUCAUGGCCUGGCCGGGGACCUGGAGGCAGUCCAAUGAUGCCGAGUCAUGGAAGAAUUUCAUCGAGACGGUACGGGAGACCACAGCAGCCCAUCAGGCCUUACUUGUGGCUAAGAAUGUGGACAGUUUCCCCACCAACCAGGACCGCCUGGGGGAGGGCACCAUCGACGUGUGGUGGGUGGUACACGAUGGAGGCAUGCUGAUGCUGCUGCCAUUCCUGCUGCGACAGCACAAGGUGUGGAGGAAGUGUAAGAUGCGUAUCUUCACUGUGGCCCAGAUGGAUGACAACAGCAUCCAAAUGAAGAAGGACCUCCAGAUGUUCCUUUACCACCUGCGACUGGAUGCAGAAGUGGAAGUGGUGGAGAUGCAUGAUAACGACAUCUCAGCCUUCACCUAUGAGAAGACUCUGGUGAUGGAGCAAAGGUCUCAGAUGCUGAAACAGAUGCAACUUUCCAGAACUGAGAGGGAGAGAGAGAUUCAGAGUAUCACUGACGAAUCGCGUAGCUCGAUCCGGAGGAAGAACCAGGGCGCUGCCAAGAGCACGAACCUCAGCCGACAGUCCUCACUGAUGGAGGACGCUCAGGAGGACGAGGCCCAGCUCAUCCAUGACAGAAACACAGCGUCUCACGCCACGAUAAAUGACAAGGUUGAAAGUGGGCCCGAGCGGGUUCAUAUGACCUGGACUAAGGACAAGCUCUUCACAGAGCGUAAUCGUAACCGCGAGUGCAACGCCAACGUGGCGGUGCGCGACCUGUUUAACAUGAAACCAGAGUGGGAGAGUCUGAACCAGUCAAACGUUCGUCGCAUGCACACAGCUGUCAAGCUGAACGAGGUGGUGGUCAACAAGUCGCAGGGAGCUCACCUGGUUCUGCUCAACAUGCCCGGACCGCCCAAGAACAGAGGAGGAGACGAAAACUACAUGGAGUUCCUGGAGGUUCUCCUGGAGGGUCUGAACCGGGUCCUCCUGGUGCGAGGAGGUGGCCGUGAAGUCAUCACCAUCUACUCUUAAAAACAAAAAACAAAAAAAAAAACCUCUAAUGCCCCACCCUGCACGCAUUGGCUGUUGCCACGGAUACCGGUCACCGGGCAUUUUCGAAGAAGAAGCCUAAUUUGGUUUUUAUGAAGGGGGCGGGGGUUGUUGGAAGGCGGGACCACUUGUGAUUGACAGACGCCUGAAGGUCCCUUGAGAUGAAGGAAAACAGUUAGGGUUGAGUCAGGUGACUGGCUGAGAGUACAGGCACAGUGUGUGUCCACGCUGGGCCACAGUACCCCUGCACAUUGGAAGAUAGAGCAUAGAGACACUUUAUAUUGUUCAUUUAACUCUGGAAUGAUUGUUAUGUUCUCUUACGUUUUCAUACUCUUACCCCUUUGUGUUGUUGAUGUUGUUGAGUUACUGGCGCUCACUGUGUAACGAUAAGCAAAGGAGCGAACGUGUGCUAUUGAUACGAACCGCUUAGUCUUUCGCGUUUGUCUGGUGUGCUCGAUCCUGGGAGGUGCAGGGAUGUUCACUUGUACCUUAGAAAAAAGAAGCGCGGGGAGGGAAAACGUCACAGAAUGGCUUUGAACUCAGCGCAGAAAGGUCACUAAUUCUUUAUUUUCAAUAUCAAGUACCGUUUGGUGAUGUGUGUGGUCUGCAUCACCAUUGCUACUCAGUGUUUUCAUUUAAAGCACCUUUUUAAGCAACUUUUCAGUGUGAAGAGAGGUCAGACAGUGAGCUUAGAAGCUGCUAAAACAUCCUAUCUAUAGCUGAAAGCAGCAUUUGUAGUUGUAGUGCUCUGUGGUUGUCGGCCUCGUCGCUGGCCGGAAGGAUGUUGAAUGUUCACCAGAUACUGGAUCACCUUCCUUCAUUUGGGCGGGAAAAUUUCAGAUAUCUGGUACUGAUACAAAGAGCGCUCUUGUUUUAAUAGGGAAAAUAGCCAUAUAGUUCAUAUCCUUGUUACCCUUCGUAAGCUUUAUAAAAUGACCUAUUAAAUGCACAUGUAUACAUAUUUGUGGUGUCUGAAGUAGUGCUCAGUCGGACUAAUUAUACUUUUUUUAUCCAAUGGCUGUUUGACAGCAUGCAGUAGGUUAAGGAAAUAUUAGAUUGGCUAAUUAAAUCUUUUAUUGGCCUUCGAUAUUGUUGGCAUUUAACUCCAGUUGAAAAUGUGACGGCACAAAUGGUACACGAGUUAGUGUAAAUUCUUCCCAUGCGGACGUAGUUACUGCACUGUUGACUUUGCACUACCGAUCUUUCAGCACUUAAUUCAACACGUAGUUCACCCGGUUCAAACACAUACAGUAACACUUCCUGUUGCUCAGUCCACCACUACAUUCUCCUAACGUAAGUGGAGCGAGAAACUGAUGAAUCAGCUCAUCAUAUAGACAGCAAGUAAAUCCAUACUGUUUAAUACUCAUGUGUCACUGUUGUUGUUGUUUUUUUUUUAAUAUUUUACCAAGCAUAAACUCUGUAGGAUUUGAGUCCCAGACUGAGUAGAUGACUUGUUAUGAACAUAUGUAGGAGAAAUGUGCCAAAAUGUCUACAAAAGAAACUGUGGAAGUAUUAUUAGUGCAUCAUAGAACCUGGCCAUAAUGUAGCUACUUUCUUCUACACUGACUAUCUUUGAUCUUUGGAAACCCUAAAAACAAAUAUGUUUUUCAAUAAUAGAGCUCCUCAUCCCUGCCAGAAUUCUUUUUCGAAUUCUUCAUAUGGUUAAAUGAGCAAAUAAAACUAACAGUGCAUUUUCCUGGGCAUUUGAAACCAUCUAACAUGGCCUAAAUGCUGCGAAAUGAAUGAGUUUGGUGUCAGAAGGAAAACACAUUCAACCCUUACUUGUGUGUACCUCCACAGUUUCUUUUCAAAUUUAGCUGUGCAGUAUUUUGUAAAGCAGAAAGUCCGUAUUUCCCCGCAGUUCUUCGCAGGGGGAUGAGAACUUCUGACAGUCGGUCAUGCAGCAUCCGUGUUUUGUUGUGUUUUGUUCAGUUGUUGAUGUGCGCCUGUGUUACUAUAUAGCUCUGGUCUCUGUAGUGUUUGUUACAUUAUAACUGAUCUUCUGUUACUUUAAGUGUUAAUUUUCUGUGUGAUUAUUAUGGAAGGAGGCAGAGAGAGGUGGUAAGUGUGAAGGCUGCAGCACUUGUCAAGUUUUUGUGUACUGUUCCAACCCAUCAGAAACACAAUAUGCACAAGACACUGAAAACACCUCGGGAUACAGCAGCACCCUGGACUGAAAGUAUUAAGUGAAGCAACCAGGGUACAAAUGAAUGCUUUAAAUAACUCUUUCACUAUAUCAGUUUCAUAUUUCAGUUUCUUUGUUCGGUUUUAUAUUUUAGCCUCCAAAGGUAAAACAUAAUUCUGUAUAAAUAAACAUAACAUUGUCUUGUUUUAAGAGGGUUGAAACAUAUUAAGUUGUAAAUUGUUAAAGAAGUUUCUUUGUUUUUAAUCUGAUCGCUGAGCUGAAUAGCGGUAGCAGAAAGAAAACAUCGAAAAACAUGAAACCUUGAAAAGAAGGUGGUAAAUAAAAAAAAUAAAAAAAUAAAAAAAGAUGAAGUUUCUGGAGGUAAAUAGGAUUGUCAGUAGUGUGUGUGUUUGACAGCUCUAAGGUUUGAGGUGACUGGAGAAUGUUAUCUACCUCAAGGUGUCACUGAGGCUCGGCUGCAGAAAUGAAAACGUGUUCAAUCGCAUCUCUCUUUUGAAACCGAUGUUACAUAUGGAUUUGUUACAGAAAUAAAACCUCUGCUAUGUGAGAGCACCAGCAGAACUGUGUGUGUGUGUGUGUGUGUGUGUGUGUGUUCCAGUGCAUACUGUUGUGAGAUGACGCUGUUUGUCUUUCUGCUGUUGUCUGGUUCAGCUGGCAGGCCUCACAGGCUGGAACAGGAAGUCAAUAAUUGUGGGCACACACAUAGAGGAAGGUAGCCCUGUAAAUUGUAUUUGUGCCUCUCUGAGUAAUUAUUAAAAGUGCUGAAAUAAACCUAAA